GUGACACAAAACAUCUCAUUGCCUUGGCGGCACCUGUUGCUCGAUGCCUGGCCGGGCUGUGAGUGCGAAGUCGCGCCCUGGCGACAGCCGCCCCUCAGCGUCGGGCGGGUAGGAGAGAGUUUUAGGGCUGGGCUUUGGGAAGAGGCCGAGCCGGGGUGUCUUAAUCGCGACAGCAGAGCACUAUGGGUGAUGUUGAAAAGGGUAAGAAGCUGUUUGUUCAAAAAUGUUCUCAGUGCCACACAGUUGAAAAAGGUGGAAAACACUUGACGGGCCCAAAUCUUUGGGGUUUCAUAGGCCGCAAAACGGGGCAAGCUCCUGGAUAUUUGUAUUCCGAUGCCAACAAGAACAAAGGUAUUGUCUGGAGUGAAAGUACACUGAUGGAAUAUUUGGAGAAUCCAAAGAAAUACAUCCCUGGAACUAAAAUGAUGUUUGCUGGCAUUAAAAAGAAGAACGAAAGAGCAGAUAUAAUUGCAUACUUGAAAAAAGCGACCGCUUCGUAAAAUAUCACUGCAGCUUCCUUGACGUUGGCACAGUCUCCAGUUUGAAUAAGUGUUAUGCAGCAACAAGUGUUUCAUUAUUGUGUUACCACUGGUUCAUUAAGUACUAGCUAAGGAACAUCAAAUAAAAGUUGAUCUUUUCAGAUACUUUGUCACCUAA